AGGUAACAGAGAAUGCUGAUGGGAGAUCCAUUGCCAUAAUUUUCAAAUUGUCCAGCUGGUUGCCAUGAUGGAUGAUCAGCAAGCCUUGAACUCAAUCAUGCAAGAUUUGGCUGUCCUUCAUAAAGCCAGUAGACCAGCAUUAUCCUUACAGGAAAUUAGAAAAUCAAAAUCAACACCAAAAAAACAGAAUGAUGUUCGGGUCAAAUUUGAACAUAGAGGAGAAAAAAGAAUCCUUCAGUUUUCCAGGCCAGUUAAAUUGGAAGAUCUGAAGUCUAAAGCUAAAAUUGCCUUUGGACAGCCUAUGGAGCUACAUUAUACCAACAAUGAGUUGGUAAUUCCAUUAACGACUCAAGAUGACUUGGACAAAGCGGUGGAACUUCUAGAUCGUAGUAUUCAUAUGAAGAGCCUCAAGAUAUUACUUGUAGUAAAUGGAAGUACACAGGCUACUAAUUUAGAGCCAUUGCCAUCACUGGAAGAUCUGGAUAACACAGUAUUUGGAGCAGAAAGGAAAAAACGGCUUUCUGUGAUAGGUCCUACUAGUAGAGAUAGAAGUUCCCCUCCCCCAGGGUACAUUCCAGAUGAAUUGCAUCAGGUUGCCAGGAAUGGAUCAUUCACUAGUAUCAACAGUGAAGGAGAGUUCAUUCCAGAGAGCAUGGACCAAAUGUUGGAUCCAUUAUCUUUAAGCAGCCCUGAAAACUCUGGCUCAGGAAGCUGUCCAUCACUUGAUAGUCCUUUGGAUGGAGAAAGCUAUCCAAAGUCACGAAUGCCUAGGGCACAGAGCUACCCAGAUAAUCAUCAGGAAUUUUCAGCAGACUAUGAUAAUCCUAUCUUUGAGAAAUUUGGAAAAGGAGGAACAUAUCCAAGAAGGUAUCAUGUUUCAUAUCACCACCAAGACUAUAAUGAUGGUCGUAAAACUUUUCCAAGAGCUAGGAGGACCCAGGGGACUAGCUUCCGGUCUCCUGUGAGUUUCAGUCCUACUGACCAUUCCUUAAGCACUAGUAGUGGGAGCAGUAUUUUUACCCCGGAGUAUGAUGACAGUCGAAUAAGAAGGAGGGGGAGUGACAUAGACAACCCUACUUUGACUGUAAUGGACAUCAGCCCACCCAGCCGCUCACCUCGUGCUCCAACCAACUGGCGCCUGGGAAAGCUCCUGGGUCAGGGAGCCUUCGGCAGGGUCUACCUCUGUUACGAUGUCGAUACAGGAAGAGAAUUGGCUGUUAAACAAGUUCAGUUUGACCCAGAUAGCCCUGAGACCAGUAAGGAAGUGAAUGCACUUGAGUGUGAAAUUCAGUUGUUGAAAAAUUUGCUGCAUGAGCGAAUUGUUCAGUAUUAUGGCUGUUUGAGAGAUCCCCAGGAAAAAACACUUUCCAUAUUUAUGGAAUAUAUGCCAGGGGGUUCCAUUAAGGACCAACUAAAGGCAUAUGGAGCUCUGACUGAGAAUGUGACCAGGAGAUAUACCCGGCAGAUUCUCGAGGGUGUCUAUUAUUUGCACAGUAACAUGAUCGUUCAUAGAGAUAUCAAAGUGGUACUAGAUAACAAAGCAGUUAAAGCCACCAGUGACUCUGAGAGAGAGACUGCUUUCCAUUCCUGUAAGCAGGAACAGGGAGUCUCUUUCACUCAUAGGCACAGUGAUAGACCGGAGAAGGAAAUUAAGAACCUAGAAGUAAAUCCAUCCAUCUGUGAUGUAGUCGAUAAAUGGAGUGUGGGCUGCACUGUGGUAGAAAUGCUAACUGAAAAGCCUCCUUGGGCUGAAUUUGAAGCAAUGGCUGCCAUCUUUAAAAUUGCUACCCAGCCAACAAACCCAAAGCUGCCACCCCAGGUUUCAGACUAUACCCGGGAUUUCCUCAAACGGAUUUUUGUGGAGGCCAAACUGAGACCCUCGGCUGAUGAACUCUUGAGACACAUGUUUGUACAUUAUCAUUAG